UGCCUGCUCCUCCCUCCCUCCCUCAUCCUCCUCCCCCACGUCUCCCCACAGGUGUGUCUCUGGGCCCUGUGGCUGCCUGUCCCACUCCCCGCUGAGACGCCCGCUGGAGCGGUCACCCACCCUGUAGCCCCAGUGAGCCCAAAGCAGACCCGCCAAGCGACCCACAAUGGACGCUGCAGAUGCCUCCAGGAGCAACGGGUCCAGCGCAGAGGCCAGGGAUGCCCGGAGCCCAUCGGCCCCCAACGGCAGCCUGGAGAAUGGGACCAAGGCGGAUGUCAAGGAUGCCAAGACCACCAACGGGCACUGCCCGGACCCAGCCGAGGGCAAGAGCCUGGGUCCCGGCCUGAAGGCAGGGGAAGGGAAGAGCGCGCUGUUCUCGGGCAACGAGUGGCGCCGGCCCAUUAUCCAGUUUGUCGAGUCCAUGGACGAAAAGAGCUCCAGCUACUUCAGCAUGGACUCGGCGGAGGGCAAGAGGUCCCCGUACGCGGGGCUCCAGCUGGGGGCCUCCAAGAAGCCGCCGGUCUCCUUCGCUGAAAAGGGGGAGCUGCGCAAGUCCAUCUUCUCGGAGCCCAGGAAGCCCACGGUGUCCAUCGUAGAGCCGGGGGAGGCCCGGCGGAGCAGCUACCCCAGGGUGGACUCCGGUCUCUUCCCGCGCUCCAAGCCGGGCUCCGAGGAGGUGCUGUGUGACUCCUGCAUCGGCAACAAGCAGAAGGCCGUCAAGUCCUGCCUGGUGUGCCAGGCCUCCUUCUGCGAGCUGCACCUCAAGCCCCACCUGGAGGGCGCCGCCUUCCGCGACCACCAGCUGCUCGAGCCCAUCCGGGACUUCGAGGCCCGCAAGUGCCCCCUGCACGGGAAGACGAUGGAGCUCUUCUGCCAGACCGACCAGACCUGCAUCUGCUACCUCUGCAUGUUCCAGGAGCACAAGAAUCACAGCACCGUGACCGUGGAGGAGGCCAAGGCCGAGAAGGAGACAGAGCUGUCACUGCAAAAGGAGCAGCUGCAGCUCAAGAUCAUUGAGAUUGAGGAUGAAGCUGAGAAGUGGCAGAAGGAGAGGGACCGAAUCAAGAGCUUCACCACCAGCGAGAAGGCCGUCCUGGAGCAGAACUUCCGGGACCUGGUGCGGGACCUGGAGAAGCAGAAGGAGGAGGUGAGGGCUGCGCUGGAGCAGCGGGAGCAGGACGCUGUGCACCAAGUGAAGGUGAUUGUGGAUGCUCUGGAUGAGAGGGCCAAGGUGCUGCAAGAGGACAAGCAGACCCGGGAGCAGCUGCACAACAUCAGCGACUCUGUGCUGUUUCUGCAGGAAUUUGGUGCAUUGAUGAGCAAUUACUCUCUUCCGCCACCGCUUCCCACCUAUCAUGUCCUGCUGGAGGGGGAGGGCCUGGGACAGUCCCUGGGCAACUUCAAGGAUGACCUCCUCAAUGUGUGCAUGCGCCAUGUUGAGAAGAUGUGCAAGGCGGACCUGAGUCGUAACUUCAUCGAGAGGAACCACAUGGAGAAUGGUGGUGACCAUCGCUACAUGAACAACUACACAAGCAGCUACGGGAGUGAGUGGAGUGCGCCGGACCCCAUGAAGAGAUACUCAAUGUACCUGACGCCCAAGGGUGGGGCCCGGACAUCGUACCAGCCCUCAUCCCCUGGCCGCUUCUCCAAGGAGACCAACCAGAAGAACUUCAGCAAUCUCUAUGGCACCAAAGGUAACUACACCUCCCGGGUCUGGGAAUACUCCUCCACCAUCCAGAGCUCUGACAAUGACCUGCCUGCCGUCCAAGGCAGCUCCUCCUUCUCCCUGAAAGCAGGCCCUGGGAAAACCCCCUAUCAGUUCACCAUCUUGGGACAGGCCACUGCAGAGUUUUCCAAACCACUGGAUCGCAGUGGACUGUUUAAAAAUAAUCCCGGAUAUCCCUCCCUCAUGCGAAGCCAGACCCCCAAGGCCCAGCCCCAGACUUGGAAAUCUGGCAAGCAGACUUUGCUGUCUCACCACCGGCCAUUCUACGUCAACAAAGGCAACGGGAUGGGGUCCAACGAGGCCCCGUGAGCUCCAGAAAGGAGGGAAUGAGUCACCACACCCCCUUCCUCCUGGCCUUGCUGCUCUUGUCUCCUAAGCUACUGUGCUCAUCUGCGUGAGGGAGAGCACCUUUGCCCCUGCCUUCCCCAGUCCUCCCUGGCCUCCCAUGGCAGUCCUGGCUGCCCUCGCUUCCCCGUGGGCUACACUCCACCCACGCCCUUUCCUGCCAGGUGACUCCUGAUGUCACCACAGUUCCUGCAUUCAGAGGCCAUCCCCUGGCUGGGGCAGGAUAGGUGGGGUCUCCCCUGAUCUGCCACCCUCCUCCUCUUGGGCUGCACACACAGGGAUAGCAGUAAGGACCCAGGUGGCCUCAGCCUGCCUCUCUCUCACAUGCCCUGCUGUCUCUAGGCCCUUGACUAUUUCUGUCAUUCCCCUUCCCCUGAUGUGGUCAAGAGGUGGUGGGCCUCGCCUCCUGCUUCCCAGCAGACUGGCCCUGUCUAGAGAAGCCUGGCCCUAUGUGCCUUUGCUAGCCCUACAUACCCAUGCCCAGCCUGGCAGAGCCUGAAGUCCUUGGCCACAACAGAUGGAAAACUGUCAGGGUCUUGGCAUCACCCUGUGCCGGGCCAUGGGUCUCCAUUGCAUUCAUUUGGAGUCUGAGGUCCUCGGAAGGGGGUUUCCCCUGGUUGGCAGGGUGAUUCUAGCCAAGAUAUUUCUCUCUCCACCUGCCAGGACAGGUAAUUCCCUUGACAUUACAUAACCCACCCAUGAAAAUAGCCACUGGCCUGGCCACACAAAGGAAUUGCCACUGACCUAUAGGAUUUCAUGAUUUCUCCUGGAAUGGAAGGCGCGGCUGCCCUGGUUGCAGCAAGAGCUAUUGACAAGGGUGCCUUACGCAGGGCCCCUCACUCCUACCCACUGCCCUGUCAGGGUCUGCCCCUUCCCUCUGACGACCCUGCAGGUUGCAUGUCACAGGGCCCAGGCCUUGGGGAGGAGGCCCAUCCAGGAGCAGUGGGGUAGGGUCAUCCCUUCUCUCUCACCCACCACCCCAGAGCUUAUGUAGGGGCUAUGGGAGGGGGCCAGCCUACAGGGUGGGGAAGGGAGACAUUCAGCUUGGGUUCCCCCCCCAAAUAAACCAUUUACAAGUCA